AUGAAAUUGCCGUUUUUAGAUGGAUUGAUUAAUUUUAUGAAUAAAAUGAAUGAAGAAGCUAAUAGCUCAAACAACCUCAUAAAAAAUUUACGCCAGGAUCUAAACAAUGCUCGAAGUCUAAAUCAGACAUAUGAGAAUGAAAUUCAAUCUCAUAGAUCUCAUUCUCUAUUUAUGAAUAGAAAUAAGAAAAAGUCAAAAGAAAUCAAAGAAAAAGAAAUCAAAGAAAAAGAAAUCAAACCCAUGGAAAUAAAUGAAGAUCCUGAAUCUAAAGAAUUACUCAAAAAAAUUGCUGCGUUUAAUCAUAAUUAUGAUUUUAAUGGUAUCUACUCAUUGCUUAAUGAGCUUGCAGAAAAAGGAAAUCAUAAAAUAAUGUCCGUAGCCUGUAGAUUUGGAAUUUGUAAACCGCGUAACCAAAAUCAGGAUGUGCUUUGUGCCGCUUGCGAAAACGGAAAUCUAUUACUUGUUAAAACUUUAAUUGAAUGUGGAUGUAACAUUGAAGGGUCAAAGCAUUUAAAUCCUAUUAUUUGGGCGUCUGCAAAAGGUAAACUUGAGAUUGUUAAAUAUUUAAUCGCUGCCGGAGCAAAUAAAAAUGCAAAUUGCUUUUAUAUUAAUAAUUUUCAUAAUGUAUUCACCAUUGCAGCUGCAAAUGGACAUCUUGAAGUUGUUAAAUAUCUUAUCUCAAUUGGGGUUAAAAAAGAUGUGAAAACAAUGUUCGGAUACACUGCGCUAAUGCUUGCAUCACAGCAAAAUCAACUCGAGAUUGUUAAAUAUCUUGUUUCAAUUGGGGCUGAUCUAAAAGUUAAGGAUCAUAAUGGGAAUACAGCGGCACAUUUUGCGACAGGAGAGUCUGCAGAGUAUUUGUUAUCUAUAGGAAUGAUUUAA